GUCAUUUAUUUCCUCCAUCAAAGAAUCGUCACACUUUACUGCGUGUGAGCUUCCAGACGAUGUCGUUCCUAGGUCUACUAAUCCGUCGAAGAGCCAGAGCUCUGCCGGUUGGGCGCAGAGAGUUCUCUUCCAGUGUGAGGGAUUCAGUCAGCCGAGCGAGUGGACGAAUAGAGAAGAUAUUGAUCGCCAAUAGAGGUGAAAUAGCGUGCAGGAUUAUUCGUACGGCCAAGCGCUUGGGGAUUCGGACUGUCGCGGUUUACAGCGACGCCGAUGAGAGCAGCUUGCAUGUUAAGUCUGCUGAUGAGGCCGUUAGGAUUGGACCCCCGCCUGCUCGGCUUAGCUACUUGAGCGCUACCACUAUUAUUGAGGCCGCUUCCAGAACCGGAGCUCAGGCUAUCCACCCAGGUUAUGGUUUCUUAUCAGAAAGCUCUGAGUUUGCCCAACUUUGUGAAGAUGAGGGUUUUAUAUUUAUUGGACCUCCUGCAUCGGCAAUUCGUGACAUGGGUGAUAAAAGUGCUUCAAAGAGAAUAAUGGGUGCGGCUGGAGUACCCCUAGUGCCUGGAUAUCAUGGUGACGAACAAGAUAUCGAUUUAAUGAAGUUAGAAGCAGAUAGAAUCGGAUAUCCUGUAUUGAUCAAGCCAACUCAUGGAGGUGGAGGGAAGGGUAUGAGAAUUGUGCAAAGUCCUAACGAUUUUGCUGAUGCAUUUGUUGGAGCACAACGAGAAGCUGCUGCGUCUUUUGGAAUCAACACAAUCCUGCUGGAGAAAUAUAUCACAAAACCGAGGCACAUAGAAGUCCAGAUCUUUGGGGACAAACACGGCAGUGUUAUACAUCUAAAUGAGAGAGAUUGCAGUGUGCAGAGGAGACACCAGAAGAUUAUUGAAGAAGCCCCUGCUCCAAACAUCAGCAAUGAUUUUCGGUCACACUUGGGUAAAGCGGCUGUAUCUGCAGCCAAGGCAGUCGGUUAUCACAAUGCUGGCACUGUUGAGUUUAUAGUUGAUACUCUUACCGGAGAAUUUUAUUUUAUGGAGAUGAACACCCGUCUUCAGGUUGAACAUCCUGUUACUGAGAUGAUUGUUGGUCAAGAUCUUGUGGAGUGGCAAAUACGUGUUGCUAAUGGAGAACCUCUUCCAGUUAGUCAAUCAGAUGUGCCCUUGUCAGGUCAUGCUUUUGAAGCCCGCAUAUAUGCUGAGAAUGUUCCAAAAGGAUUUCUCCCAGCAACUGGAAUUCUUCAUCACUAUCGUCCUGUUCAAGUUUCAUCCGAAGUUAGGGUUGAGACUGGAGUUGAGCAGGGAGACACAGUUAGCAUGCAUUAUGAUCCCAUGAUAGCUAAACUUGUAGUGUGGGGAGAAGAUCGAACAGGUGCAUUAAUCAAAAUGAAGGAUUGCCUGUCAACGUUUCAGGUUGCAGGUUUGCCAACCAAUAUAGAUUUUCUCUUAAAACUUGCAAACCAUGGAGCUUUUGAAAAUGGAGAAGUGGAAACCAAUUUCAUUGAUUUGCAUAAAGAUGAUCUGUUCAUUGAUCCAACUGAUCAGUUAUCAAAACAGCAAGUUUAUAAUGCUGCUAUACAUGGGGCUGCCAUUGCAGCUGCUUGUGUUUGUGAGAAGGAACAUGCAGUAACAAAAGAAGGCAGGCCUGGUAACCUUUCCUUGUGGUAUGCUAAUCCUCCUUUCCGAGUCAAUUAUUCUGCAAAACGUACAAUGGAGCUUGAGUGGGAAGAUGAAUCUAGCAACGGUAGCUCGAAAUUUGUACCAGUACAUAUCACUUAUCUGGGUGAAGGGAAAUAUCUAAUUGAGGUUGGAGGAAGUAGUUUUCCUGGUCUCAAGUUGAAUGUGGCGCACUUAAGAGACCAUGAUUUUAGAGUUGAACAUGGUGGUGUAAGCGUGAAUGUCAGCAUAGCUGUUUAUCAGAAGGAUCAGAUGGAGCAUAUUCACAUCUGGCAUGGAUCAUCCCAUUACCAUUUUAAACAGAGAAAAGGCCUUGACCUUGCUGAUAUCGAUGAAUCCUAUCAGAAGCCUGCUCCUGAGGCAUCCUCACAUCCACCUGGGACUGUUGUGGCUCCUAUGGCUGGUUUAGUAGUUAAAGUUUUGGUACAGGACGGUGCAAAAGUUGUAGAAGGGCAACCUAUAUUAGUCUUAGAAGCUAUGAAAAUGGAGCAUGUUGUGAAGGCACCAAGUGCUGGUUGCAUCAGCAGGCUUCGAGUCAGUGCCGGUCAACAGGUUUCGGAUGGUACAGUUCUAUUUGCUGUAAAGGACGGGUAAAAAUGUGGAAGAGAGGAUUAUUUGUGUGCACGAAUUGAAAAAAUCCCUCUGUUUUUAAUGUAUGGCAGAGAUGGACCAUGGGACCAGUAACCUAAUUGGACACAUACCUGUUUGUAAAUAUCACCAUCAGGUUCUUACCCCUGACCAUCACUUUGAAAAAUGUAAUAAAACCAAAAACUUUAUUGGUCUUUGAAAAGCCUGCAAAUAAUUUCCCAUGUUCAUUUUCUCUUCCUCUCUACAUUUGGUGGUUGUUUUCAAGAUAAUGUUGUUUCAAAUUGCUUUUUAGCAUUCUUGUUAUUCUUCUUGUUU